CUAACAAUGUUGAACCUGAAUAGUCAGCAUAAGCGCACAGGAUAGCUGGCCUCACAGUUCCUAAAAAGAUGAUUGCUUUGAGAUGGAAGCCUCCGCAUUGACUUUCUGUUAAAUGUUGGAUUCUUACAUCUUUGGAUGUGACUCUUCUAGAAUUGUCUACUGCUCGAGUUAAAAAGCUCUCUGUAACUGGAACAGUGUUUCUGAGUCACUAAAAACUUGGGCUGCUUCCCACAUGGUGUCACGUCUGCUUUACUUGUUCCACAGCAUCGGAUUUUGGGGAGUUUUGCUGUCUGCCCCUGUUUGACCUUUGCGCCUGCACUCCUCCCAUAUCUAUUCAUCUGUGAGAACUUGAUUCAACACACAGCUGUCUAAAAGAUGGAUCUGAGGUCGAAACAACUCUCUGCACUGACUUGUCUACUCUUUGUGUCAUGCUGUUGUCAUGGUGGAAAUAUCCUGGUGGUGCCCGAGGAUGGCAGUCACUGGGUGAACAUGCAAUUCAUUAUGAGAAAUCUCCACACCCACGGCCAUAGCCUCACAGUGGUGCGUUCGUCUAAAAGUUGGUACAUCCAAGAGAAUUCCUCCCUCUACAACACCAUCACCAUCAACCCACCGGAGGCCGAAGACGUCGGCCCUGACUGGUUUAAGUUGUUGAUAGAGAGGUCGCUAGCACUGCAAACGAUGUCGCCCUUCGUUCGUUUCUUUGAACAACAGAAAUAUAUCGCCAACAUGCUCAAAGUGUUUCACAACGGAGCUCUUCAAAUGAUUUCCACCAUUUUGGAUGAUGCAUCGCUUGUCGAACGCUUGCGAGACGCCAAGUUUGACCUGCUUGUAACAGACCCGGCAUUCCCAAUUGGAGUCCUUUUGGCCAAUUUCCUGCACCUUCCCUUGGUUUACAAUGUACGUUGGAUAAAUGCUGGGGAUGCUCACAUGCAAAUCGCUCCAUCCCCUCCAUCCUACAUCCCAAUGUAUAAUUCAUUGUUCCACGACCACAUGAGCUUCAUGCAACGGACUGAAAAUUUCCUACGGCAUCUGGUCAGCCUUCUUCAGGAGCGAUACAUAAUCGUGCCAAUUUACAGCAAACUGCUUGAGCGCCACUUCCCGCCUGGCACUGACCUUCUCUCAGUGCAACAAUCUGCUGACAUUUGGUUGAUGAGAGUGGACUUUGUCUUUGAUUUUCCACGACCCACCAUGCCUAACAUGGUCUACAUCGGUGGCUUUCAAUGUCAGCCGGCUAAAGCCCUUCCCGAGGAUCUGGAAGAGUUCAUGCAGAGCUCUGGAGAGCAUGGAGUAGUUGUCAUGUCUUUAGGAGCUGUGGUCGGUGCUCUCCCUAAAACGAUCACUGAGGCCAUCGCUGCAGCCUUUGCUGAGAUCCCUCAGAAAGUCGUGUGGAGCUACCAUGGGGAACGACCCUCGACCUUGGGAAACAACACUUUACUCCUAGAGUGGUUUCCUCAGAAUGAUCUCCUGGGCCAUCCGAAGACUCGCGUGUUUGUAUCUCACGGCGGCACCAAUGGUAUCUUUGAAGCGAUUUACCAUGGAGUCCCGAUCUUGGCGUUACCGAUACUCUUUGACCAGUUUGACAACGCUGUGCGGCUGCAGGUUCGAGGUGUGGCUCGAGUGCUUCAAGUCUCAACGCUCACGUCGCAAGAAUUCCUCGAAGGCCUCAAAGACCUCCUGGAGAACCCGCUGUACCAAAGCAACAUCCGCAAACUGUCAGAGUUGCAUCACGAUCGGCCCUUGUCUCCUCUUGAUAGUGCCACUUUUUGGAUUGAGUAUGUCAUGAGACACAAAGGAGCAGCUCAUCUUCGCUCUGAGGCUAAUAAUUUGCCUUGGUACUCGUACCACAUCCUAGAUGUGUUGGCAUUUCUACUGGCGUUCACUGCGAUUGCUCUUUUGACCUCAGUAUAUGUCUGCAAGCUUUUGUGUUGCAGGAAGUCAAUCAAAAAGAGGAAGGUGGACUGAGCUGAACUUUUGACUAAUUGCAAAACUGGGUGAAACUAAAUUAAAUGUCAUGCAGUUUGCAAAAAUCUUUUUCCUUUCCAACUAUGGUCCAUUCAAGGUUUCACAAUGAAAUCUGAUUUCCCAAGUUAUGAAACCUCUGCUGAUAAAUGCAUUCUGGCCGAGGACAUGGGUUUGAUUCCCAGGGGAGUGUUAGAUGAGGUAUUAACAAGUAUAGUUCUGACUUUAUGGUUGUGACUGCUAAAAACAAACGAAUGUAGAUGGAAUAAUACAGCAUAUACGUAUACGUUGUAC